CGCGUCACCGCCAUAGGAGGUAUACGAGUUUACAGGCCUUAAGCAUUAAGUAGGCCUUGCCAUCACACGACGGUAAUCUACAAAUCGUAAAGAUAUACCGGGUAGAAAAUAAAAUAGAUUGUGAAGGAAUGAAUUUUGUCUCGACGUAUAAGCGAGAAUGUCUCUUGAAAGGAACCUCACCCUUGCACGCCAUCGAAUCAUCUUUGGCAGAUGCCAUUCUAAAUUUCAAAUUUCUUCGAAUCCCAUCUUCUGAGUGGGGUCCGGUUUUGGACACUCUGAAGAAAAACUUUUCCUUAAAAAAAAUAUGCGUGAAUAUCGAUGUUCUUGAUUUAAAAUCCAAAAACCAAAUCCACAUGACUAAGUUGAAACAUCUCCACCCAUUUAUCCAAAGCCUGCUCAUUCAUGUGAGUAACAGUCAACAUUUAACUGAGCUCUUUUUGGUUGGAAUACCUUUUAGUGUUGCAGAUCUGGAUUGCCUUACUAAGGGAAUUGUAAACUCAAAUUCACUAGAACAUAUUUGCUUUGCAGAAAGCAAGAUUGGUGAUAAAGGAUUAGCAAAAAUUAUUGAGGCAGUAAAAGCAAAACCCAAUAUUGCAUGGUUGGAUUUGAGGAGCUGUGGCUUGUCUGAUAAAGUUGGCAAACUGCUUGCCUCACUAGUAUCUUUUCAGUCUGUUACCAGAGAAAAGGCUGCAAGGAAAGCUUGUUUGUCAGCAGGAGAUCACAAUUUAGAUCUGAUGUGUGGAUUAAGGAGGCUUUCUUUGAGUGGCAAUUCUCUUUCUGAUGCUGUUGGGAAUUUGGCAUUGGCUCUGUAUGAAGAUAGAUGGAUAAAGGCAGUUGACUUGCAGUUUUGUCAUUUGAAAGAUGAUCACCUCAAUCAGCUUAUUUUGGCUGCUGAAAACAGCUGUUCAUUGGUCUAUCUUGACACAAGCAACAAUGAUGGCUUAAAUUCUACAUUGGUGAAGAGGUUGAAAGAAGUUCUUGAGUUUAACGCUCUGAAGCAUCCUUAUGUUAUUCAGCCAAUCUCCACCUCAGUGUCUGAUCGCAUGGUGUCAAAUAGAAGAGGGCAAAACAUUGGGCAUCUUCAUUCAUCUUCGAAAGAAAUGAAGUUGAAUACUAAAAUUCUGAAUUUACCCAUUAAAACUAGACAUGAGAUGACAAAAAAUAAAGAAAAAGGACUAAAUGAUGGAUUGGUAAAUGAUGUAUCAUACAGUCAACUUGUACAUCCAAGAAAUGAUAUUUACUUGAGGAAAAUAUUACUAAAUAAUGCGGAGUUGCAAAUUUCUCAAAUACAUGACGAAGUCAGAUCAGUAAAAGCAAAAAUUGCGACAUUAGAGGAGGAAGUGAGAGAACUCACUAUCAUUAACAAAAAACCUUCAGGAAGCAUGAUGAUUUCGAGUUCCCCCAAAGUUCUUGAAAGCAAUGCGCUUAGUAGUCCUUUCACCCGAAGUAUACUAUUGUCUUUGAUGCGACUUCAGGAAUUAUUGAGAGAACUGAAGAUUACUUCAGCUGCUCCUCACCAUUGCGAAGCAAAUGUUCGAAGUCAAGAUAUUCAAGUAAUUCUUGAUGUCGUGUAUGCGGCCGCGCGUCAGUUUGACCCUAAAACAAACCGUGCAAAAUUAUCGGAAAAGUACGCGACUGUCGCUACCGAAAACCAUUCGCUUAGGGGAACCACGAAAACCGUGAAUUACAAGGCGGAAAGAACAGGUAAAUAUUGCGAAAAUCCUUCUGGCGACUUUCACCAAGUUUGCCAAGGUCAGAAUAUAACCCCAGACAAAGAAAAUACGACAAUCACAGAAGAUCUUUCAACACUUUCCCGAGCUAUGAGUUUGGUCGAAUCUCUGUUUCACGGACACUCGCCGAUGAACGAUCCUUCACAAAUUCUGCAAGAUCCGUCAACUAUUAGCCUGCAAGAUUCUUCAAGAAAUAUAACUAGCAAUUUUCGUGUGAAUUCGUUGAAAAGCCUACAAACGAGUUUGGAGGGAUUACGUCAACAGCUUGAUGGAAAAAAGGAUAUAUCCUUGGAUCAAAGGAAUUUUAUACCUGAGUUGACAGACAGUAGAAACAUUUGUGAUUUCACCUCCCAGGAGCAAGCAGGCUCGCAUUACAGCACAUGUUUCAAUUCAUUUUCUACAUCCAGUGCAUCAAGUCGGCUAAUUUCGAAAAGCUCAAUAGAAAUGCGGACUGAAGUUUCAAAUGAUUAUCUUCCGCAUUCUGACACCAAACAAUCAAAAAAAGUUUGCCUUGAUAAAGAAAGCAUUCCAUCGCCACUGUCAUCAACGAUCGACUUGUCAUCUAUUGUCGAUCUUUUGGGGAACUUCAGCAUUGAUGAUAUUGGCAGCAGUACGCUAACACCUCCGUAAAUGACAAAGGGAGUAGCGAAAACCUUUUAUCAUAAAAAAAUCUGAUGAGUGUGGAUUCUUUGGUCGAUGAAAUGCUUCGUCACCAUAAAAGAAAUUCGCGGUUUUUGCGUCAACGGAAAACACAAAUGGUUUUGUCCAGUAUACAUCAUUAAACGUGGCAGCUUCCGCGUUCAUCAGAACCCAUCCUAAUUUGAGAGUCAAAGAUCGUGUGCUGAAAAGUAAGCUAUUUAAUUAGAAAACGCUCCGUCUGAUACAGGAGGAGAUUCAUUUUGAAGGCGCUGUCGUGAAUUUGUGAUUUUAUUUUUCUAGUGGCUAGCUUGGGCAUAAAUGUGAAUCAGUAGACCUUUGCACAAAAAUGUGUGCGUUUCGUUCAAAACCUUUGGUGGAAUGUUUUUAAAUGGUAAUACAGAAACGGUGCGAAUUUCA